CACUUGGCCCAUUCAAGGGAUCCACUUUCCGCGAACCUGCGUGGCGUGGGGCAUUUCGCACGUGCCCGCAGCGCUACGGCGCCGAGCAUAAAUAUCCGGGCGCCCUCGCGACUCCACCCUUGCCCUGCAGCUCGACCAGAGGACAGUGCUCCCGUCCCCAAAGACAAGCGGAAGGCAGCAAACACACACACACACACACACGCACGCACGCACGCCUCGACACAACAGACAGAAGAGGGAGAUCGACCGCAAUGGGGAGGGCUCCGUGCUGCGAGAAGAUGGGCCUCAAGAAGGGGCCGUGGACGCCGGAGGAGGACAAGGUCCUCGUCGCCCACAUCCAGCGCUUCGGCCACGGCAACUGGCGCGCGCUGCCCAAGCAAGCCGGGCUGCUGCGAUGCGGCAAGAGCUGCCGGCUCCGGUGGAUCAACUACCUGCGCCCGGACAUCAAGCGCGGCAACUUCAGCAAGGAGGAGGAGGACUCCAUCAUCCGCCUCCACGACCAGCUCGGCAACAGGUGGUCCGCGAUCGCCGCCAGGCUGCCGGGGCGGACGGACAACGAGAUCAAGAACGUCUGGCACACGCACCUCAAGAAGCGGCUCGAGCCCACCAAGGAGGAGGCGCACGAGGCGCCGGCGGGCGGCGGCGGCAAGAAGCGCAGGCCCGCGGCGGGGCCGGCGACGAAGCGCGGCGGCGCGAGGAGGGCGCCGGCCGCCGCUGCCCUCCCGGCGGCCGCCGCCGCGCCGGUGUCGCCCGAGCGGUCCGCGUCGUCGUCGGUGACCGAGUCGUCCGUGACGGAGCAGGGCAACACGGGGAGCUCGCCCGGAUUCCCCAAGGAGGAGAGCUUCACCUCGUCCUGCCCGGACGCCGAGGAGUUCCAGUUCGACGAGAGUUUCUGGUCCGAGACGCUGUCGAUGCCGCUGGAGAGCUUCGACGUCCCCAUGGAGCCCUGCGACGCGUUCGGCGCCGCGGCCACCUCGGCGCCGGCUGGCGCCGCCGACGACAUGGACUACUGGCUCAGAGUGUUCAUGGAGUCCGGCGACGUGCAACAAGAAUUGCCGCAGAUUUAGAGAGAGACGCAGAGUUUUUCAGUUCCUUGGCUAAUUGAUUCAUCGUUCUUUUUCUCUCUCGAUUUGUCAUCUUGCAUCGGAGGGGACGCAUCUAACAGAGAAAGAGUGCCCGCGACGGAACUAGGCAGGAAGAACGCGACGUGCCAUGCCACUUUGAUCGAUCUUGUUUACCUUCUUGUAUAUAAAGAUGAUCGAGAAGAUACCGGUGAUCGAAACCAUGCGUCCUGAUGAGAAGAAUUCUUUUGCACGACGUGCAGAUUUCUUUGUACAAUAGCCAUCACCGGAAAUGGACUGUGCCUCACCAAACUGGUUGCUUCA